AGGACGCCGCCGGCAGCGUGCAGUGAGACACAGUGUGCGGCCGUGCCGGGACGGGACAGCAGCGACGGCCGCCCGGGGGACCGCGGAACGAGACGCUCAGGGGAGCCGGGGAGGCUCAGUGGGGAAGGAGAGCGGCUCAGUGGGGACGGAGAGCGGCUCAGGGAGUACAGAGCGGCUCAGCAGUGUUCAGAGAGGCUCAGCUGUGACCAUCUAAGUGGUGACCAAUCAUAAUAUUUGUGCAUUGUGAGGAAACCAUCUCAUUUCAUCUGGAGGAGGAAGCUAUAUCCGAUACCUGCCCACCUGGCUGGAUGGCCGGCCGCCAGCAUGGGCUGUAACGCCAGCAAAGACGGCGUGAUCGCCGCUCCUGGCAGCGCCGGACCUGGAGGAAAGCCCAACGGCAGGGCGGUGGAGCCGGGAGUCGAGCAGGAGCGCGCACCGGGGGCAGGGCCUGCUGAGGACGCUGAGCUGACUGCAGCGGCCACCAAGAUCCAGGCCUCGUUUCGUGGUCACCAGGUGCGCAAACGACAGAAGGCUGAGCGGACCAUGGCGUCUGCCACGGACGAUAUCGACCUCACCGACCCAGAGCUGAGCGCAGCCGCCACCAAGAUCCAGGCCACGUUCCGGGGACACAGGGUGCGGAAAGACGAGGUCAUCCAGAAACGCGAGCAGGAGCUCAACGACCAGAUGGAGAAGCUGCACACAGACGCGCCUAAGGACGAAGAAAUUGAUAUCGAUCUGAACGAUCCUGAGGUGAUGAAAGCUGCCAGCAAGAUCCAAGCGUCUUUCCGAGCACAGUUUGGAAAGAAGAAAUAGCUGAACUCGUUUAUUUGAACCGUAGACCCUUAUUGCUGGUAUUCGCCUUUCAAUAACAUUCCAAAAAUUCAACCUUGAUAAUUCAUGUUCCCUGUAGGAUCUCAAUUUAACUCUUCCAACAACUCGAAUGUAAAUGAAGUACGUAGGUAUAUUUCCUAUCAGCAAGUCCUCAGCAUUCCAACGUAUGGAGUGUCAGCCUUGUGCGCUGCGUGGCCUUUUUAUAAAAAACAAAUUGGUAGUACGAGUCCUUAGGCAUGAGACAGUUUGUCACUUAUUCAGACGAGUACAUCUCUGAGAUAUUACAUCGUUAUGAAAUUGUUGCAUAAGAAGUUUGUUACAACAACUGUGGUGCCCGAAACAAUAACGAUCUGUCUACAUAUUGUUCCAUGUCCUUGAUAUACCCCUUCUAGGUACUAUAUUUUCUCCAUAGAAAUAUCUCUCGUUACGGCCCCCUGACCAUAGCGGCAAUUAAAUGACGUGAAACUGAGUAUCGUCAUCCACCAUUUUCAAUCCAUUUCCAAUCCCAAUCAGCAUAAUAAGAGCACUUUUUUUGUAAAGUGCGUCCGUUACAGCUCGAGGAAACGGCUCCUUCAC